CCCACUCGCAAAGUAUAAUACUCUACUAAGAGCAAUAAAAUCACACAAAACCAACAAAAAUUCAGGGAAAAAAAAAUCCGCCCCCCCCAAAAAAAAAAUCAUGGGCUGUGGGCCCAACUUCAUCUCCUCCGUCCUCAUCACGAUCACCGUCGCCCUCAUCACCUACAACGUCAUCAUCUCCUCCACCUCCAUCCUCCCCCAAAACUUCCCGGGCCCACAAACACGGCCCACUGUUGAUCCAAUCAUCCGCAUGCCAAAUGGCCGGGCCGGGCCUAAUAAGCAGCGGCGUCUGUUCCACACCGCCGUCACGGCCUCCGACUCCGUGUACAACACGUGGCAGUGCAGGGUGAUGUACUACUGGUUCAAGAAGGCCAAGGCCGGGCGCGGGUCGGAUAUGGGCGGGUUUACCCGGAUCCUGCAUUCUGGCAAACCCGACCCGUUUAUGGACGAGAUUCCUACUUUUGUUGCUGACCCGUUGCCUGCUGGAAUGGAUCGGGGAUACAUUGUCCUUAACAGGCCUUGGGCUUUUGUUCAGUGGCUUCAGAAAGCAGAUAUCCAGGAAGAUUAUAUAUUGAUGGCAGAACCAGACCAUCUUAUUGUUAAGCCUAUACCAAAUCUCUCAAAAGAAGGCCUUGCAGCUGCAUUCCCUUUCUUCUACAUUGAACCCAAAAAGUACGAGUCGACUCUUCGAAAGUUCUUCCCUGUGGAAAAGGGACCAAUCACUGAUAUUGACCCUAUAGGGAAUUCCCCUGUAAUUGUUGAGAAGGCAUCUCUUAUGAAGAUUGCUCCUACAUGGAUGAAUGUUUCCUUGGCAAUGAAGAAGGAUCCUGAAGCAGAUAAGGCAUUUGGCUGGGUGCUUGAGAUGUAUGCAUAUGCUGUUGCAUCUGCCCUGCAUGGAGUGGGAAACAUCCUACACAAAGAUUUCAUGAUUCAGCCUCCUUGGGACUUGGAUGUUGCUGAGAAAUUCAUUAUCCAUUAUACCUAUGGUUGUGACUAUGAUUUGAAGGGUAAGUCAACUUAUGGAAAGAUUGGAGAAUGGAGGUUUGAUAAAAGGUCAUAUGAUCGCAAACCACCUCCGAGGAACCUUGCGUUACCACCAGCUGGCGUCCCUCAGAGUGUGGUGACUCUGGUUAAAAUGGUUAAUGAAGCAACAGCAAACAUUCCAAAUUGGGACGCCUACGUAAAUGGCUCCAAUUCUAACUGAGGAUUGCACAAGUAGUAUCGGCUUUUUCUGCUACAGUUUCUGUUCAUAGUAAAUCGUCGAUGCUGUCUAUUCGAUGCCUUCUGGAUUAAUCCGAAAGGCACAACCGGGAGAGCUUGUUAUAUGAAGGGAAACCAUAAAGUAAUGGGCGACGGUGUGGUGAAUUUAUAGUAAUGUUGGAUGUUGAGCUUCUUCAUCGAGUGAAAAAUGUAAGCUUAGUGGAUAAAAUCAACCUCAAUAUUAAUUUUGCUCCUGUAGAAAACCUUCUGUUGUAUUGUAUUACCCCGCUCUUUGGAGACUAGUUGUCUCCAGUACACGAGUUCCCUUGAGUAAUUGUCUGGAACUGGUUUAAAGGAAGGAACCUGUGCGGAUGUUAUGUUAGUUAUAUUUUGUGUGA